AUGGAAUAUAUGAUUUGGAAUCCUUCGACCGGAAAUAUUAUUCGAGCCCGAGAUGUUAUCUUCAACGAGGAUGAAGGAUUCACCGGAGAUAUUCAACAAAUCAAGGACGACCUCCUCAGUGUCACAACAGAGGAUUUGACUAACCUACUCUCAAAAGUCGAUAUCUCUUUGGAAUCAGAAAAUGCUGACGAUUUUACUAACCUUUUGGAUGAAAUGGAAGAUAUUAUUUUUGACGAAGAUAGGCCGAAUCCUGAGCACACAACAACUCAAGGAUCGACUGGUUCAGGAUCUGAAGAAUCAAGCUGUCUUAAUUCCGAUGAUUCAAGCGGCCCAUCUCUCAUGACCGGAGAAGAAUUGUUGGACGGAAUUAAUAAAUAUGCUUAUCCUACACCUCCAGAGUCGCCUCCGAGCGCUCUAUUGGCGGCUAGCAUAACUAUCGUUCAAAACGACGACUUUGUCCUUCGUGAGAGCUCUGAGUUCGCAGCUGGAAUAUCAACUAGCGAGGAAGGUAGCGAUGCUGCUCUCGUCCAGGAAGCAACCAACAGGGCAGGUGUCGGUGGCGCUCCUGUUGGUAUAGGUAUAGUUAGGCCUACAGGGUCACAUACUAAGUUUAGGGAAGAUAGCGGUGCUGCUCUCAAUCUGCGUGACUCCACGGAACGCCUUAUAGAGACUCAUAGCAGGCAUUUCCUUAGGAAUAGGUCCACAGGAUCGCUUAAGAAGAGUAGGGAAUACCUUAUAGAGAUUCCUACUAGAACCGUCGAUACCGUUUUGACUACGCAACGGGGAGAGCUCAAUCCUUGGAGGUUUGCUUUUCUAGCAGGCACAAGACAUCGUCAGUAUAAGGUAAAUACGGUCAGGUUUGAUCAUGUGAGUCUCCAAUGA